AUGCCAAGAAGCGAAUCUCCCGAGGACACCGUCAAAAGUGCUUCGCAGACCAAAGACACCACAGAGGCUGCCGCGUCUGCUCCCGAAUCGUCCAUCUCUUCCUCUCCUUCUUCUUCUGAGUCUUCUGCCGCAUUCUUGGGCUUUCGGCGUCGCAGAUUUGGAGCGUCGUUGGCCCGUCUCAAGGCGCUUCAUGAAGAGGAGAGCACCAUGUACGCAACCGGCGUCGAAGAAGAGGUUCCGCCUUCCCGGCGCAGCGUCGCUAUCCCUGCUUCUCGGGCGACUGCAGGUGAAGCGGGAGAAGACGCGUCUCCCUCCCAAGCUGCGGCCGGAGAGGCGAGCCCGAAAGUGGAAGAAGAUGAGGACGAAGCAGAGGAGAUGAAGCUGGUCCUGAAGAGCAUGCAGCAACUCCAAAAGGCUCGACAAGUUCAACGCAGGAAAGGCCUCGACAUUCUCGGCGCACAGGAAGAACAAAAACCCGAACAAGAAGAAGAGGAAGACGACUUAGCUGGCUAUGGGCUCCUCGAAAGAAACUUUUCGACCGUCAACAACUCCACAGGUCUCACGCUCGACAAACAUCUAGAAGAGUUCCUGCGCGAGCGCAUGCAGUUGAAGGAGGCGCCGAGUCCAGAGGAGAAAGCCGCGCCGGAGGGCCAAGGGUCAGGCUCUGCGAACGAACUGUACAGAGUGCCUGACCGACUGCAAGUUGCCGAUCGAAGCGGCGAGUACCGCGAACAACUCAACUGGCUCACGGGGCUGACGGAGGUUCAACUUCCGAUGACAGUCAAGCUGAAGAAUAUCGAGGCGACGGAGAAGGCGAAGCGUGCGUUGUUGAAGAAGGGCGAACCUGACGCCGUGGAUGACGACGAAGACCCAGACGCCAUUCGCCGCCGUGCUUUUGGGCAGCGCUACACGUGGUACGACCCGGAUAAACGCCCCCGAGCGCGACCGGGAGACGACAAAGCAGUGCAGGAUUUCUCGCAAAGAGCGAGACGUGCCCAGCAGAACCGGGGACGCGUGGGUAUCGGUUACGGCUGA